AGCCGGUGUCGUGCCGGUAGAGGUAAAACGAGUGUACAUUUAGAUAUCUAAAUAAUCUGAUUUUCGCCAGAUGAUUCCAAGGUUAACUUCACCGAUUUACGAUAAUAGCCUGCCUGCCCCACAGUAGGCCAUUCAGACUAAUUUAUGAAACUGAUCGAUAUUGAUUGCAUGGAUAUGUGUGUUAUAAAAUGUCACGUCAAUUUGAAGGAGUUUGCGGAAUUAAAUGAUGAUUCCGAAUGAGAUGUCAUCUGUCAUGGACUGAGCGCUGGUGCAGCUGGCUGCCUGGGCAGAGGAUCCCUGUUGCUAGGGAGACUUCACCACAGAGACAUGGCCAUGAGAGAGCAAAUAGAGGAGGGGCCAGAAGAAACCCUCACCUAGGGUAAACUACAGAGACAGGAGAGAGAAGAAGAGGAGGAGAGAGGUCCAAAGAGGAAGAAAGGACUGAGGGAAGAGAAGGAGAGUCAUAGAGAGUCUCAGGAUGGGUUAUGACCUGGAGAGGUUUGUGGGGUACGUGAACGAGGGGCUUCUGUGCUGUGUGUGUCGGGAUGUGUUGGAGCGCCCCCUCCAGGCCCCUUGUGAACAUGCCUACUGCGACGCCUGCAUCAGCUCCUGGCUCAUACACCACCACUCCUGCCCUGAGGACAGACUUCCACUGGACAUCAGCACUCUGAGGCCACUGCACAGGUACAUGCGUAAUGACCUGUCCAGGCUCCAGAUCCGUUGUGUGAACUCUGGCCAGGGCUGUGAUGCCGUCUGCUGCCUGGAGACACUUCACACACACGAGGACGAGUGUCCAUUCACCUCCAUAUCCUGCCCCUCCACAGGUUGUCCGGUGCAGGUGGAGAGGAGGGGUCUAGAGUCUCACCUAUUAGAGUGUGAGUUCCGCAGCAGGGCGUGUCCUAGCGGCUGUGGCCACACGCCCCUCUCUGUAGACCAAUCACAGCACAACUGUGUUGCGGAGCUACGAACAGAAUUGGAGCUGCUCAGGGCAGAGAUGUUGGGUAAGGUGGAGGAGGUGAGGCGUGAGAUGGAGUCGAGGCUGGACUCUCAGAGGAGACACAUGGUGCAGAAAGAGUCUCUGCUGAAGAGCGAGGUGGAGGACCUCAAGGGCCAGGUGUCGAGGGUGGUGUGUGAUGUGCGGGCUCUCUUGGGGGAAGAGCGCCUGCGGAGACAGGAGUUGGCAGAAGCGGAUCUAGAGAAGAGGGAGCUACUGGAGAUUCUCCAGAGCCUGCAGCCAUGCAGGGGCCAGCAGAACAGAGACGAGCCAAUCAGAGGACUGCAUCAAGAAGACGGGACAAUUAGGAGCCAGCUUCAAGUGGAACACCCAACCAGGGGCCUGCUGAGGGCGGGGCCAACACAGGCUUCUACCCAAUCACUACCCUCGGCUUUGCCUACUCCAGCCUUAUACCCGCCUACCUCCCCACAGCCAGGGGAGGGGUCACGCAAGGCCCGCCCCCGCAGCCUUACCCUCGACUGCAUCAAGAGCAGAGAGGUCACCGUCAUCUGAGAGGCCAUUCCUAAUGUUACUGGGUUAUGUUUAGUACUGUGUUAUGUUCAGUACUGGGUUAUGUUCAGUACUGGGUUAUGUUCAGGAGACACAAAUGAGAGAAAAUGCUUUAACUUCCUCAAUUCCUUCUUCAUUUAACCGUCUCAAAACAUUUUUAUCUGGUGUUGCAUCUCCUGAACCCACCCUUGAUGAUUGGCAGAUACCUGUGACAUUGCUUCAACUCAGAGAAAACCAGCCUGCUGAGAUCCUAAAUAAAGUCUGCUGAAACAC